AUGGCGACCGAGGCCACACGGGGCCGGUCUCAUACUGCAUGGGAUUCGUCCAACAAUUUGGAUCUUUCACUAGGAAAUGACUCUGGCAACGACGCUGGGGCAAUUUCUAUUAUUCCAAGUAAUAAUGAGACUCGCCAUCUGGAUACCCAAACGUAUCGUAUAGAAACGCUGUCUCCAAUUCGGGCUAAUACGAAGAAGGGAAGGGUCACGCACAGGAGGUUACUCCCUAUUCAUGUGUUUAUGAUCGCCGUCAAUGCCACCCUAGGGACAGGACUCUACUGGCGCGGCGGACAGAUCUUGGAGCUAGGCGGUUUCCUGGCCGUUAUCAUCUCCUUCUUGUUACUCGGAAUACUAGCAUGGCUAGUUACGCAAUGUAUUACCGAACUACUUUGCAUCUGGCCUGUCCCCGGUGCCAUGUCGGUAUUCGUACGCGAGUUUGUAGAUUUCGAGCUAGGGAUUACCGUUGGAGUCGCAUAUUGGUUCACGUACUCGGUCUCCUUCGCUGCUUUAAUAGCAUAUACCGCUGAGGAGGUUCACUAUUGGACUAGCGACGCAUAUGUCGGGAUCGACGUCGGAGUGUUAUAUUUACUUGUACCCGUAAUACUGAUAGUCCUUAAUUGUUUUGGAAUUCAUGUAUACGGAUGGUUUGAGGUCGUUACCGGUAUCAUCAAGUUACUCUUCCUGGCCAUUAUCGGCAUCGCAACGCUUAUAUUCGCUACUAAGACUCCCCAAGAUACCAACGAGAAACAUAGCUGGACGCAACCGAUCACGUUCGAUGAUACCGCAGCGUCAAGUUGGUUUCCUGCUCUGUGUAUAUGUCUAUCUACUGCAACAUUCGCUUAUGUUGGUGUCGAAGUUCCAGCAGCCGCCGCGCUCGAAGCUCGUCCUACCACUGCCUCGGCCCAUAAGCGCAACCAGGCCAGUAAUAUUGGAGAAACCAUUAGGUUUCCGUCGAAAUGGAUCUCGGUUUUCGCGUGUAUUGCAUAUACGCUGAGCGGAAUCCUGGUAUCUCUGAGCGUCGACCCUACCGAUUGUCGACUGCCCCGGGUCGGUUGGCUGAAUUACGAUAGCUGCGAGACCGUUCAGUCGGCAUUCGUCCUCGUGGCGAAAGUUCGCGGUAGUGCGGAAAUAGCGAGCGCCUUCAACGCGUUCCUCGUAUUCACCGCGUUGUCAUGUGCCAAUACAAACCUUUACGUAGCAUCUAGAACGCUAUUCGGUUUAACUAAUCAGAUAGACGGUGGUCCAGACGAGCCUUGGUAUUUGAAUAUCCUCGCAUGGCUUGGACGCACCAACAGCUACAGAGUUCCAAUCCGGGCGAUGACUGUAUCUGCCAUCGCUUUCAUUUGGGUACCGUUCCUACAACUUAAUCACCCAGAUCAGUCACAGAUAGGGUCGAGCCAAGAAAGCCAAACAGGAGAUAACGGGUCCAAAAAUCGUGGGAUAGGCGCUUUCAUCAAUAUUCUUGCCGAGAUGGGCUCUGUCGGAGUGCUGAUCGCUUGGGCCUGCGAAUGCUGGGCAUUUAUUCGGUAUUAUCACUGCAUCAGCAAGCACCAUAACGAACUUGUUGAACGAAAGGUGUCGCGUGUUCAGCGCUUCAGCGAUCGGGACGACAACGACUACCCAUAUAUAAGUAACGGGCAACCAGUUACGGCCUAUCUAGGGUUGGGCGGAUGUUUACUCAUCCUUCUGGUACUGGAUGGGGCUGCGUUGUGGAACGGGUUCUAUACUGAACCCUUUUUGUCGUCAUAUCUUCUCGUUGCCAUCUUCGUAUUGGUAUGGGUUGCCUUGAAACUUUGGAGAGGUGCUAAGUGGUCACUCGUGGACCUUUCAAACCCAGACCUAGCCAUAGGUAUUAUCCGUGGUCUUCACGAGUCCAGUUAUGCGGGAUUUCAGGCUGAACCCAAUCCCAAUCGCCGUAGAGGUUCAUCCGUAUGGGCACUACGACAGUUAUCCAUAACUCCGUCCGCCCCGGCAAGGAAUGGUGGGUGAUGUACAGCACAUAGAACAGCGCUAGGUAUGAAGUUCCUAUAUACCUUUUUCGGAAUAGGUAAUAGGGGGUCGG